AAAUUAUUUCAUUUUCUUAAUUGACACAUAUGUCUUGUCAAUCACGGUACGGAAAACGUAUUGUGCAACGUCAAUAACGUCAAGUGAAUGACAUGCGUUACGUUGAGUAAGUGCUUUCCAACACUGGCGUGUACAAAAACAAACGCUUUUUAUUAAAUAAAAAAUUUUGUAAUUUUGUUGAAUUUUCUUAAAAAUGUCAACGAAUUUUGAAAAAUAUCAUUGCCAAAAAAUGAUUGAUUGCAAGCAAGGAGCAGUGCGUGCAGUACGUUAUAACAUUGACGGCUUUUACUGCUUGAGUUGCGGUUCGGACAAAAAAGUCAAAUUGUGGAAUCCAGAGACAGGCUUAUUACUUAAAACAUAUGGUGGACAUGCAGAUGAAGUGACGGAUGCCAGAGGUAGUUGUGAUAGCAGCUAUAUCGUAUCAUCCAGCCUCGACAAGAGCGUAAUCUAUUGGGAUGUCACAACAGGUCGACCGGUGCGACGCCUGCAUGGACACGCAGGUGGCGUACGUUGCGUGCGUUUUAAUGAAAAUUCAUCAAUUGUUGUGUCGGGUGGUCGUGAUAAUGCAAUAAUGUGUUGGGAUAUACGUUCUAGACGUUAUCAACCGGUUCAAACAAUGAAGGAAGCGCGCGAUUCCAUUACAUCUCUUCUGGUAAUAGAGCAUAAAAUUAUUGCAUCUUCGUUAGAUGGGUGUAUACGUCAUUAUGAUUUACGCGCUGGUGAGUUAAUCUGUGAUAAAGUAUCAGAAUCGAUAACAUGCAUUGCAUUGAGCCGUGAUGAAAUGUGUUUGGUAACAGCGUGCCAGGAUAGUGUAGUGCGUUUGCUUGAUUGUGAUGAUGGUGGUGUGUUAAAUGAAUAUAAAGGUCAUAAUGCAUCUGAUUAUCAUAUUGAAUGCGGAAUUAUGCCAAAUGACAAACAAAUAUUAUGUGGUUCCGAUAAUGGAGAAGUGUUUUUAUGGGAUUUACUAACAGGAAAAGUUUUGCAACGCAUACGCAUAAGUAGCAAUGGCGGUAUUAUAAAUUCGCUUGAUACACAUCCGUCGGCUGAACAAAUAGUCUUUGCAAGACGUCGUGACAUUUACGUAUAUUCAACAACUCCAAUUACGGAACAAGAUUGCUAAGAACAAGAAGCUAUCAUUAAACCAAAGAGAGACUGUAACUGAAUUUUAAAUUCAUAUUCAAUGGGUAAUUGCUUGGACACUCUUCACUAUACAUAUAUAUCCCUACCAAAAAAGUUUACAUAACAGAUUCAUAUUUACUAUUAAUGCAUAUAACGUAGUUAUACGUUAGAGUACACACUGGAGACUUCACGAAACAUAUAUAUGCGUAUCAUAAAAGCAUACUUGUACGAUUUAUAUUUGCUAUUAAUGCAUAUUCUCGUUAUAUCUUCGUUAAAUGCUGAGCGUUUGAAAUGUACACUAAAGACUUCACUAGACAUAUAUUUCCGUAUCAAAAAAAAAACAUACUAGUAAGUAUUUAUAUAUUGGUAUAAACAAGUUACUAAGGCUUUGGCACCUUAUAUUAAUUAAGUAAAAAAACAAAUGCAGAGAAAAACCAAAGUUCAUUAAAAAGAGAAACAUCUUCAAUAAGAUAAAAUUAAAAUUGACACUACACACAAAGAGCUCCAAUGCUCCUCCAUAUGAAGGUUGACUAUUCAAUGACUGAAUGACUGAAAAUGGCGAAUAUCAGGAAGAAAAUUAAAAUUUACAUUGCAAAGCACUCCAAGUUUAAGUUGUGGUUUUGUAAAUAUUAGUACAAAUAACAACAGACUAAUGUAUUGUUUAUUAAUAAAAAUUAUAAAAAU